UCUGCCUGGGCUGACCUCAAACCUCAAUCCUCAGAUCUCAGCUUCCUGAGUAGCUAGGAUUACAGGUGUGAGCCACCAGGUGCCUGACAAAACAAUCCUUUUGUUCACAGUAAUACUGUGGAUUACUCAGUCUUAAUUCAACACUACCCCCCUCCCACCAACGAAAUUACUAGCCAACUUUCUGUUCUAUAGCUUCAUAAUUUGAACACUUGACAUGAAUGGAAUCAAUAAGUGAUUAGCUUCUUUCCCUAGGGAUGAUGUUUACAAAGCUUGUCCUUUGAGCUUGUAUCAGAACUUCCUUUACUGACGAACAUUAUUCCAUUGAAUGCUUAGUUCAUGUUUAUCUGUCAAUCACUUGAUGAACAUCUUUCAUUUUGGGGCUUUUAUGAGUAAAGCUGUCAUGAACAUUUGUGUAAAGUUAUUAGAGAGACAUGUUUUUAUCUUACACCUAGGAAUAGAAUUGCCAGGUCAAAGUAUAACUCAAUGUUUUAUCUUUUGAGGAACUGCCAAGCUGUUUUUUGGAGUGACAAAUCAAUUGCUCAUAAGUAUGAUUUCACCUUGAGACUAGCAGUUUUUCAUUGGUCUAUUGAUAUGUUUACCCUUAGGCUAGUGCUACACUUGAGUCACAGCUUUUUUAAAAAUCAAUGUAAAUGGUUUAUUCAGCCAUCAGAUAUGGCGGCAGCUAUCUGAAUGAUCUUUUUCAUUGUGGGCUGUAUGAAGUUAAAGCAAGUAAAUUUCCAUCUUGACCUUAGCUGCCUCAUUGCCCUUCAGUCUGCUCUCAUGGAAGCUGAGAAUGGCUCAGCCAUCUGCCUCAGUCCCUCCCUUCUGCAAGGCUUGGGUCUCUGGGCCUUUUCUGGGGAGAAGGGGAAGGACAUAAGUUCCUUUAAGCUUUGUCUCCUCUGUGGGAGGCGAGGCUACUGCUUGGUAGAGGAGAGCCACAGAUCCAGAACAUAGGUCCUGGAAUUUAGUGCCCCCCUGUAUGUAUUCCUAGGGGGGGACCCCCUGGCCAGACUAUCAUAGAGGACAGGGCAGAUCUCCGCCUCUACCACAGUGCUAGGACUGUGAUUGUGGGUGAUCAUUACUGUGUCUGCUGGACUCACACCCAAGUCCAGUCUAAUAAUUUGCUGAUUGAUGAGUAGAGGCCUCUGAAUAGAAUGAUGCCUCUUAAUCUUAGCCUCUGGCUUGAGGAGGGAAGGCAAGACCACCAUCCUUAGGACUGAGAUCCUGCCCUGUACCAUGCCAAGCUCUGGAAGGAGUAUGGUUCUCCUUUGUGCAUGGGGAAUUAGAGGCUCAGAGAGGCUGGCUGGCUGGCUGGAGACUUCCUCACAAUAAGCAGAGAGUUGGGAUUUAGCUGGACUAUGGCAGCCCAGGAAGCCACUCCAGACAGCCAGUCAGGGGAGAGCUGUGCUUUGGACUUACCAUCAGCUUGCGACCUAAGAGAUUAUGUGUUACAGAGACCCAGCCAGGAGGCCAACAGCGAGGCACUUAGUUCUGUGGAAGCCCAUUCAUUUCCUUACUCUUCUGAUGUGGAUCCAGGCAACAAUAGCCUGAAUAGUGAACAGAAGGACUCCUGGACCUCUGAGAACUUGUGGCCAGACCCUUCUUUGAAAGGCCAGGCAGAGACUAAUGAAGAGGAUGCUGGACUCCGGAAAUCCCUAGAUCGAUUCUAUGAUGUGUUUGGACAUCUGCAGCUAGCCUCUGGGAAUCCACGCUCUGCAUCUGUCUGCCAGUGCCUGUCUGAGAAAAUCACUGAACUGAAGGGCCAGGAGAGCCAGAAGUAUACCCUCCGCUGCUUCCAGAUGGCACAGGUCAUCCUCAACCAGGAUGGCUGCUCAAUCUUGCAGAAGCAUUCCAAGCACACACACUUCUACCCUCUGGGAGCAGCAGAUGCCUCUCUGGAUGAUGAAGAGCCCACCCCAGGGCUGUCAAAAGAUAUCAUUCGUUAUCUCUUGAAGCAGAGUGUGAUGAAAGACCCGUAACUGGUGCUGAUGCUGAGAGCAAGCAGUACUGCAGGUGACAUGGAUGCCUCCCUCAGAACCCCUGAGGGUCUCUUGCCAGCUAUUUGUGCCCAGCCCAAAGAUAAGUGGUCUAUAGUUAAAGGCUGGCACCUGUGACCUAGUUCUAGAGCCAAAGAAUCCAUAACAAGUACCCUGUGGUCCCCCACUUUCCAUGCUACCCCACCACUUGGCUUGGCCAAGGCCACUGGCUGGCUCAUCUGGGAAUCCAAAGCCCAGUCUAUACCCGUGGUCCCUGGGAGCCAGGCCAGGAUUCCUCCCUUUUCUCCUUCUCCUCUUUCUACUCAUCUACGGGUAUCUCAAGGGAGCCUUUCCUUAAUAAACCUCUUAUAUCUGAAUCCUUGAUUUACUGUCUACCCCUGGGAGAACCCUACCUAAGAGAACAAACCUCUGGCAAAUGAGGUUUUUGAAGUCUAUAAAAUUGUGUGUAGCUACCAACUUGUAAAAUGGUGAUGAUGUGAUAGAGAACUUAGGCCCUAAAACAACAGAAAGCAUAAUCCUAUCACUGGCAACUCUCACAGUUAGAAUUCUCUGAUUUAUUUUAAGUACCUAUGGGAGGGAUAUUUGGGCCAUAAAAUAGCAUCUAAACUUCAUAAAUUCAAAAGAUUUCUGCACCUCCAUCAGAUGACAAUGUGAAAGACAAGGAGACAAUUGUGUGCCACAAGUACCUAAGCACAGGUAUGAUCUGCAGGCUGACAUCAUGUGGCCCUGUCAAUCUGUGCUUGAAGAAAAUGAGAAUAAAGGGAAAUUGGUAGGGA